CUCACACGUCGAUUUGGCUGUCCAAACUCUGGCUCUAGGGAUAUAAUUAACUCUCUGGAUUCAUUUCACAGAAUCCUCUUCCCCUCCACAUUCAAACUUUACUCAUCAUUCAACUCAACCAAGUCUAACUCAUUACCUGGUCUUCCACCAGACUCAUAAAUACGUUCCAACAUGCUAAUCACAACCACUGAAGGCGGCAUCCCGACUCAAAGGACAGAGAACGAUUUGGUAGAUCAGAUCGACGUCUCCCGAAUACAACUUAACGACGCAAGAGAAGCAACACCAGAGCCCACUCAACAAAGCACUCUUUUCCCCAAAAUCACUGGAAGAGUCGACGAGCUGAUCGAAAACUACACCUACAAAUUCGGCACUAGCCACCCCACCAUCAAGCUCACGGGAACCGUGAAGCUUCACGGAACGCACGCCGACAUCGUCGUCGAACCCGACAACACCGUGCGAAUCCAGUCUCGAAACAGACUCAGUCUCGACAUCGAACACGACAACUACAACGUCGCUGCUUCUCUGCUACCACUUCGAAAAGUUAUUCUUGAACUCAAGGAUAGGGCUGUGGAUAAAUGGCACCAAUUGAAUUGUCCUGAAAAGCUUGAAGAGGACGAGCCGGUCAUUCUCGCUGGAGAGUGGAUCGGCCCCGGCGUCCAGAAGAAAGUCGCGAUCGCCAACUUACUCAAAAGAUGCUUCGUCAUUCUCGCCGUAUCUGUAAACGGCGAGUGGCAAGACGGCGAAGAGUACGCAAAGAUCCACAACGAGACAGCCGGAAUAUACAACAUCUCUCGCGGCGGCUUCUACCGCGAAGAUUUGGACUUCAAGGACCCGGAAACGUUGGAUAGAUGCAAGGAGAAGCUAAUGGGUCACACUGUGGAGGUGGAAAAGCAAUGUCCGUUCGCGAAGAGCUUCGGCAUCUCUGGCAUCGGUGAAGGGAUUGUGUGGAAAGCGCACUAUCCACUCUCUCAAGACCCCAGAUUCUGGCUGAAGACAAAAGGGCCGGAGCACAGACAUACUCAAACCGAUAAACUGAAGAAAGAUGAGAUGAAAGCGGGUGCAAGUGUGAGAGCGAAAACUUUUGCUGAGGCGGCGGUGGGGGAAAUGAGAUUACAGCAGGCGUGGGAUUAUUUGAGCGAGAUGGGGAUUAAGAGGGAUAAGUCUGCGACGCAGGCGUUCAAUCAGUGGUUGGUUAAAGAUGUCGAGGUUGAGGAGAAGAAGGGUAUUUUGGAUAUGGAGGUUGAGAAGGCGGCUUUGAAGAAGGCGAUCGGGGUUAUUGGGAGAACCUGGUACUUUAAGAAAUUGGGCGAAAUAUGAGGCUCGAGCGAAGGGUAAUAUUGAAGCUUGAGGAGAUAGAUUGGAAUAGAAUCGGUAUUUCUAAUAGUUUUCAGUGCUCACCCACCCUGUUUUGCAAGGCUGAACUGCAACGCUGUAACGAGAAGUCUUAUUUGUCUUCAUGGCUCUUGUUCAACUGCAUCCGUUGCCGGUUG